AUGCAUUCCGCAUGGGCUCUUUUCUCUCUCCUUGCUUCAUCUGCCCCAGUCUUGGGCGGCAAGUGCGCAGAGCCUCGCGACGUUGGCGAAAACCCCAACUGCUUAGGAGGCUCUUACAUCGAAUGCGUCGCCAAGAGCAAUGCGCUAUGCACAGGCGAAUGUUUCGGCCAGCCUGCCGGAGGUGGUGGUGCACAGUGCCACACGGGAUGUACAACUAGGAACCAGCAGUACUGUGCUGGUUAUUGUAUGAAGGUCAGCAACUGCGACGAGUGUAUUGAGAGUCUGAAGCAAAUGGGGGCUGCUGGAGAUGAUGAACAACAUAAAGAGACUUGCAGCCAAGAAGGAGACUCUUACUUUUGCAACUGCGACUCUUAG